GGCAGACAAGAGUCUUCAGCCAGUGCGCCUCAGACCCAGUGGCGGCUUCUCUGCUCAAUAAGAACUCACCAACCCUGAGUCCAGCGCACCUGCCACUGCCCCGGGACGCCCGCUCCUACUCCUCAGCCCCAAGUUCUGCUUCCAGCAGCCGUCUCUGCUCGAGCCGGCUCCAGAACCCAGCCCCUGCUCCUGCCAGGCUCGGUGGGCAGCAAGAUGAAGGCGGCCCGUUUUGUGAUGAGGAGCGCGGGCUCACUGAGCAGGGCAGGCCUGGUACCCCGGGAGGUCGAGCGGUUCUCGCGCUACAGCCCGUCCCCGCUGUCCAUCAAGCAGCUACUGGACUUCGGUUCCGAAAAUGCAUGUGAAAGAACUUCUUUUGCAUUUUUGAGACAAGAGUUACCUGUGAGGCUAGCCAAUAUUCUGAAGGAAAUUGAUAUUCUUCCUGAUCGAUUAGUAAAUACCUCUUCAGUGCAGUUGGUCAAAAGUUGGUAUAUCCAAAGCUUGAUGGAUUUAGUAGAAUUCCAGGAGAAAAGCCCGGAUGACCAGAAAGUUUUAUCAGACUUUGCAGAUACUCUCAUCAAAGUUCGAAACAGGCACCAUAAUGUAGUUCCUACAAUGGCCCAAGGAAUCAUUGAGUAUAAAGAUUCCUGCACAGUUGACCCAAACACUAAUCAAAACCUUCAGUACUUUCUGGAUCGCUUUUACAUGAACCGGAUUUCUACUCGGAUGCUGAUGAACCAGCACAUUCUUAUAUUCAGUGACUCAAAGACAGGAAAUUCAAGCCACAUUGGAAGCAUUGAUCCAAACUGUGAUGUGGUGGCAGUGAUUCAAGAUGCCUUUGAGUGUUCGAAGAUGCUCUGUGAUCAGUAUUAUUUAACAUCUCCUGAAUUAAAGCUCACACAAGUGAAUGGAAAAUUUCCAGGCCAGCCGAUUCACAUCGUGUAUGUUCCUUCUCACCUUCAUCAUAUGCUCUUCGAACUCUUCAAGAAUGCAAUGAGGGCAACAGUUGAACACCAGGAAAAUUGUCCUUCCCUUACACCAAUUGAGGUGAUUGUCGUCUUGGGGAAAGAAGACCUUACAAUUAAGAUUUCUGACCGAGGAGGUGGUGUUCCUCUAAGAAUUACUGAUCGCCUCUUCAGUUACACAUAUUCCACUGCGCCAACUCCUGUCAUGGAUAAUUCCCGGAAUGCUCCUUUGGCUGGUUUUGGUUAUGGCUUGCCAAUUUCUCGUCUCUAUGCCAAGUACUUUCAAGGAGAUCUGAAUCUGUACUCUCAGUCCGGGUAUGGCACAGAUGCAAUCAUCUACUUAAAGGCUUUAUCUUCUGAGUCUGUAGAAAAACUCCCCGUCUUUAACAAGUCAGCUUUCAAGCAUUAUCAGAUGUGUUCUGAGGCUGAUGACUGGUGUAUCCCAAGCAGGGAACCAAAGAACCUGUCAAAGGAAAAAGUCGCUGUGUGAACAGGGACACUGAAGACACUUUAUGGGAUCAAAGUGGGCCCAGGGCAGUGCUGCUUCUUGAAUAUUUGUGUGUGAAUUCCUGACUCCAUGAGAACAACAAAAAAUGUUGUUCCAAUGAGAAAUGGAGUUGAGAUGUGUGACUCAAGAGAAGACAGAGCAGGACUCCAGGAAAUAUGGUGGCCUGUUCCUUGUUUGGUAGUGUAGAAUAGCUCGUCAGUUACUCUAAAUCCCAAAGUAGUCAAGUCUCUGUUUUCCAUCUAUUUGCCAACAAGCAUCAGGAUUGGGGGCAGCAGACAUGAAGACAGAAGUUAGCAACUACAAUAGGCUCAUAUUUUAGACAUCAAACUAUAUUGGGGUUUAGUGAAUCUCAGUCGUCAAGGUACCAGCAUUUUCCCACCAUGCCAUAAUUAGAGCUUAGUUUACACAUAUGUUAGAAAUGUAUGAAAAUAUACAUUUCACAUGUAUUUAUCGGCUCUAGGGAGGAAGGGAUAUUGACUAACACAGUGGAGGAAUGAAUAAAACAUCUUAUUCAAAGUUUUAGCCAAGGCAUUUGGGCCGAUGUAAGACCUCGGAAGAAAACUUCUGAUCAGUACAGCUCCUUUAUGAAACUGCUUUUCCUGUUCAUGCUUCAAGCAAUAAGUGAAUACUUAUUGCCAGGUGCCUAAUCUCAGAGGCAUUGUUCAAUGUGCACUGAACUCAGAAAGUUAGGAUUGGAGUGAGAGAAGGACUACCAAAGUGAGCUCAGAACUCUACCUUUCCUUGUUUGUUUGAAAUGAGACAGCAGAUAAGGAAGAAUCGUGUU